AAACUGCUACGCUGUAGUUUGCUUUCUCAGACUCAAAAGUGUCAAAACCGUCUCCCUUUACAUCUCUAAAUUCCAUUUGCUUGCUCGAAGGUUGCCGCGAUCAAUGGCUCUUCCCGGUUUCCUUUCUUCUUUAACUGACUUUGGUUUGAAAGGGUUAAGAACUUCACAGUGAGCUCCACCUAGGAAUUACCUUACAUCUGAGGGCUGUUGAAGAAUGACUGUGUUAAAGCGGUUCGUGCUCCGAUUGUUCAUAUCAAUAAAGUACAUCACAGCGAAUGUGGUAGACAGAAAUAAUGGACGGAUUGUUGCAACGGCAUCAACAGUUGAACAUGCUAUCAAGGAAUCACUUGAGUGCGGCCGGUCCUGCAAUGCCAAGGCAGCAGCAGUUGUUGGGGAGGUGUUGGCCAUGCGGCUCAAGGUGGAGGGUCUUGAACAAGGGCAGGGAAGAGGGAUUCAUGUUGAUGUAAACAAGGAAGUAGAGAAAAAAGGGUUUAAGAACCGCACCAAGGUAUGGGCCAUUGUCGAUGCUCUUAAGAACAAUGGAGUCAACCUUAUUGCUGAUGAUAAUGAUGAUACUACUCGGCCGAGUUACUAAUAUGUUCCUUUUUCCCUUUCCUAUUGUAUGUUACUAAUAUUCCUUAUGUCUCAUUGGCUUGUUUAUAUUCUAUUUAUUACCUGAAGACAACUUUGAUCGGUCUAUAUAGUAUAGAUCACAUGAGCAAGCCCAAUGAUCCAUAAGGAGAAACUUUGAUGGCCAUCUUCCUCCAGGAUUGAUAUUUUC